AUGGCUAAGAUCAAAUCUAUGGCUAAGAACAAGCUUAUAGCUAAGCCCAAGCCUAUGCCUAAGACUAAGUCUAUGGCUAAGGCCAAGCCUACGGAUAAGACUAAGCUUAUGGUUAAGACCAAGCCUAUAGCUAAGCCCAAGUCUAUGCCUAAGACUAAGUCUAUGGCUAAGGCCAAGCCUACGGAUAAGACCAAACCUAUGGCUAAAAUUAAGCCUAUGAUUAAGACCAAGCCUAUAGCUAAGCCCAAGCCUAUGCCUAAGACUAAGUCUAUGGCUAAGGCCAAGCCUACGGAUAAGAGUAAGCUUAUGGUUAAGACCAAGCCUAUAGCUAAGCCCAAGUCUAUGCCUAAGACUAAGUCUAUGGCUAAGGCCAAGCCUACGGAUAAGACCAAACCUAUGGCUAAAAUUAAGCCUAUGAUUAAGACCAAGCCUAUAGCUAAGCUCAAGCCUAUGCCUAAGACUAAGUCUAUGGCUAAGGCCAAGCCUACGGAUAAGAGUAAGCUUAUGGUUAAGACCAAGCCUAUAGCUAAGCCCAAGUCUAUGCCUAAGACUAAGUCUAUGGCUAAGACCAAGCCUAUAGCUAAGACCAAGCAUAAGGUUGGGCUUAGGCUUAAGUUUAAGUGCAAGCCCACGCCUAAGUUUAACUUUAAGGCAAAUUCUAAGCCUAAGCAUAAGUCUAAGCGUACAUCUAAAGGUAUAGCCAAGCCUUUCUUUUUCUCUGCUCUUUUCUUUUUGCUUCUUUCCUUCCCAUUAGUCUAG